CAUCGAGUCGGAGCGAGCGCUAGCUAGAUCGGGCCGAGUGCACGGGGGUGGCAUUGUGCAUGUAUCGUCAAUACCUCAGGGAGAGAGAAAACAUGUCCAGCGGGGGAAAACUCAAGGUGCUUCUCAUCCUGGGCAGUAUCAGGGAUGGACGCCAGGGGCUGAGGGUAGCGAAAUUUAUGAGAAGGAAACUGGAGGAGAGAAAUUUUGAUGUCAAAUUCUUCUAUCCCGUGGAAAUGAAGUUCCCAUUAAUAACCCAGCCAGUACAUUUUUAUGGUCCCGAAAGGAAAGGAGCCCCGGCAAUUUUGGUCGAAAACGAAAAGUUUGUAAAAGAUGCGGACGCUUACGUCAUAGUGUCGGCGGAGUACAAUCACAAUGUGCCCCCGGCCCUGACCAAUCUCCUGGACGCCUUCCCUUGCAGCGCCUACUCCUACAAGCCUAGUGGCCUCGUCUGUUAUUCCAUGGGUCAAUUCGGGGGAAUGCGGGCAGCCAUGGCUUUGCGCGCCAUCACGGGAGAGCUAGGGUGUCUCAGUGUCUCCAAUAUUUUCGGAAUCCCCACCGUGCAGAACGCGUUCGAUGAAGAGGGGAACCCUAAAAACGACCACAUGGAGUCGGGGGCUAAGAAAAUGCUGGACCAAUUAGAAUGGAUGGCUACAGCCAUGAAGAAUCACCGAGAGAAAGUGGGCGUGCCCAGUUAGCAGUCACGUGACUUAGUUUCUCUCACCAAUAAAUUAUCCAUGACAUAGAUCUGAAUUCACAUGCCGUAUAAUAGUUUUAUUGGUAUUUACUAUUUAAAUUAUAGGUUAGAUUUCAGAAAAGUGUAAUUCAAGAUUACAUGCGUUUUGUAGUUGCAAUAAAGUUAUAGUCAUUAUAUAAUUUCUUCUUCUUCCAGUAUUGGUAAUAGUGAUAAUUAUAAUAAUAGUAAUGAGUUUAUUCCCAAAUUUGGGUCCAGAGGGCAUACAAGAUUACCUUAUCAGAAAGAAAUGUCUAAAAGAGAGAUUCUACAUACAAAAUAGUCCAUACACAUAAAUGAACUUGUAACAGCCGGGCAAGUGUGCAUCAGUAUGUCAUAACAUAUUAACAAUGUACAUAUAAUAUGUAGUCAUAAAAGUAGUUAAUACAAAUAUAAAGAUAAUAUCAUGAUCUAUAUAAGAAUUUCACUAGUACAUUUAGAUCUCAAAUUAUUCUGUCUUUUUUUUGAAAGUAUGAAUUAGAAAUUCACUUAACUUUGUAAGUAUUGUUUUGUCUUCAUUGGACAUUAACCAGAUAAAUUUGUCUUUCUUUGUUAAAAGUAUAAAAAAAUUGUUAAUUAUUGAGAUAUAAUGGAAAAAUUAAAAUCUUUUUUACAUAAUGGACAUUCAGUAAGAAAGUGAUAUUCAUCUUCUACACAAUUUUGGUGACAGGAAAUUCUAUAGGAAUUCUUUGACCAGUAUUAUUUUUUUACAAAUUAAAAUCUAUCUCUGACAACUCAUAAGUCGUGUGCACUUAAAUUCUGAAUCUACAAAGUGUUUUUCUUAUAUCAUGAGAUUGAAUAAAGAUAUAUGUUUCCA